GCAGAUCGAAGUUAAACGGCACCAGUCGAAGGAGUGUUGUGUGCUGUUUGUGACUAGUAGUGCAAAAGAUAUCCAUAUUUCAUCCAAAAAUUGCCGGAUAAUUUUGUGCAGAUCCCACGGCGGAGGCUUCAUCUGCUGAGCCCAGGGCGACGAAAGUGAGCCUGUCUUUGCCAAGAGGAAGACCACAUUCUAUUGCGAGAUAGUCAAUCAAACGGUUUCUAGUCUAUGAACAGUAACGUCUGAAGAGAAUAAAAUGGCCAAUAUGCAGAAUGCGCCAGCAAGAUUGUUAAUAACCAAGGAAGGAUUCCGCGCAGUUCUCCAAUUAAAAGGGGAUAGCUUCCAGGCAACGAUCUUAAAUUCGUCCGUCCCUCGUUGUUACCAGCUGCUGCAUGUUCCAGUUGUGUUCGAUCAUUCUUGUACCAUAUAUGAUUUGACUGAACGAGACUCACGAUGGCAGCGUUCACAUGUUCAACUCUUAUCCAUUGACAAUUCACAAGUUCUGUUCAUUGGAAAAAUCGGCCUUCACGGUGGUGGACACAGUUGUUCCAAAUGUGCCACAUACUACUGCGAUCGGUGUCACUAUUCGUGUCCAAACGGUAGAUGUUACGAUUACUGUAGCCACCGGUCGGACCACAAUUGUGCCUCCCGCCAAGCUGCCCAACGACGCGAGCAGGAAGAGCGUGACGAACGUAGACGGCGAGCACAACAGGAACGGGACCGCCAGGAGCGCAUACGACAGGAGCAGGUAGAACAGCAAAGGCUGCAACGUGAGAAAGAAACACUCGAACGACAGCGGCAGGAACAUGUCAGACUUGAGCGAGAGCACCAGGAUCGGGAGCAGCGCGAACGGGAACGGCAGGAACGAUUACGGGAACAACGGGAACAAGAGGAACGAGAAAGACAAGAGCGCUUGAAGCGGGAACGAGAAGAAAAAGAGCGUCACGAACAGCUUAGACUGCAAAGAGAACAAGAAGAACCGACGAGACAACAGCGUUUGCAGCGAGAGCGUGAACAUCAGGAACAGCUACGCAUUGCACGAGAAAAAGAGGAGAAAGAAGUAAUCAAGUCCAAGCUUCAGGAGGCCUUGGAACAAACAAGUGCUAUACGGGAUGACGAAAUCGAUUACGUUAGCGAAGAGGAGGCUGAAGAGCCAUGCAAUGAGGUAAAUAAUAAUGAAACACACUCCAUUCAACAAGAAGGUCCCAUUAACACUACGGAGACAGAUUAUGGGAAUCUGUUACCCGAGGCCAAAGUGAUUGAUUUGCGGUUAUUAUUCGAAGCAUUGGAUACAUCGUCACUGGAUUUAAUCGAUGACUCCUACAGUGACCGCGCAAUCUCGGAGUCCUGGUACAAACAGAUUGAAAUAGUUCAAGCAAAUUCUUCUAAGCUAAUCGAGGCACUAUUGAUAAGAUUGCAAAAUAACAUGUCGGAAGACUUUGGGCGCUUAAUCAAACGAGCGGUAGACAAAGAAAAUAAUCGCAAGGUUGGUGCCGAAAUUUUCGACGAAGAAGUGAAGAAAUCUGAAAAGCAACUGGAACGUCUAGCAAGACGAAAUCAUCACAAACAAUUGCGAAAAGAAUCCAGACAUCAACGUAUUUCAAAAUCCGUUGAGAAUAAAGCAUUUUUGCAGCUGUCGAGAGCCGUAAGAAGAAAUUUAAACAAAGUGGACGUUGUACUUCAGCAGCAACUAUUGGAGUACGUUCAUCGAGGAGGUAAACUACAGACUCGAGUUGUGAAACGCUAUCCGGUGAUAAGAUGGAUCGAGCAAAGCUUAAUAUUCGAACUUAUUGUGUACCCAGAGGGAAUCGUGGAUGAGGUUUUACUUGAAGUCUUCAAAAAUUAUUGGUUAGAUGUGAGGGAGUCAUUUGAGUGGCAAGAUCGCCAGAAACUCUUGUACUCACUUCGAACGAAGCAGUUGACUCAUGGAUUAACUCUGCUACAUAUCAACGAUAUUUUGGACAUGGUUCUUGGUUUGAAAUCCGAAGGACUGAACAUAAUCUGUGAAGAGCAGAUCUUUUGGUAUCGCAAACUGAAACGUUGCUGGAUCAGGCGAAGACUGGUGCGUUGGACUUGUGAUGAAGAAACUUUUGACGCAUUGGUUGAACUGCUCGUGAACAUGCCAUGGAACAGUUUGAUGAUUCAACAGUUUCUUAAUGCCAUUGUUGAAGAACGAAACCAAACAGCAAUUUGCGACUUGCUUCAUAAAGUAAAAAAUGAGAAUGUUGUUCAUCCAGUAGUGAUGAACAUCAUCAACCAGAUUCAGAACGAAGAAGAUUGUGCAACGGCUUGGAUUCAGGAGCUCAGGUACCAAAUUUUGGUUCAAAAAAUUUACGAACUUUCCCCCCAGGUCGCCCGUGAUGUAGAUGCAAAGCUAGGACAUCUUUUGAGGAAAGAAAAAGCUAAUAGAAUUCAAAAUUUUAUUGACAGAAACAAGAACCUUUUGGAACCAAAUAUGUCAAAGUUUGCAACAAUUUUAGAGCAUAUCCUGACAUAUCAAACCACACCAGAUAUUUGGGAUCAUGUUUUCACUGCUAUUAAGCUAGAAAAGAACCCCGAAAAAUGGAUUGGCCAAAUUGAUAAGAUUAUAAUUUCUUCCAUUUUCGGUAAAAGCUAUGAAUACAGCGUAGAUGAGUUAAUCGAGCAAACUAAUCAUAAUAAUUUGAAAAACAAGUUCAACUUAGUCAAACUGGCGUAUUCUACAGCUGCGCUUUCGUUCAAUUCUUCGCAGUUUACUGAAUUCAACAGUGUAUGCUCCAUCAUAAUGGCAACCAACAGUGAAGCACUUCAAAAACUCACUCGAAAACCCAUUUCGGAGUGGAAGGAAAAGGAAAUACGGCAUUGGGCACGUUUUGUCAAAUUCAGUCCGAAUCAGGUAUCGCUGGUAGAGAAGAUAGCAGUUGUCAGCCGUGCCGUUGAACUUUGCCACAAGUUCUUCCCAAGAGCAACACAGAUUUUGUCGUUGUUGAUGUUGGCGAACCCAGAUGAAGGUCAAGGUCGUCUUGCUCAGAUCAACACCGGUGAAGGUAAGUCCAUUAUUGUCGCAAUGCUGGCUGUGAUACACGCGUUGAAGGGUGUGAAUGUCGAUAUUGUUACAACGUCUACGGAGUUGUCGAUUCCUGAAGUGAAAAAGCAACGACCAUUCUUCGCAGCGUUUGGCCUAACGGUGGAUGAAAACAGCCCGGAUCAAGUGAAAAAAGUUGUCUAUAGCUGUGAUGUUGUCUACGGAACUGCAUCAGAUUUCCAAGGAGACAUUCUCCGUUCAGAGUUCUUGGGGAAUGAUUGCCGUGGAAGUCGUAAGUUUCAAGUAAUCAUAGUGGACGAAGUGGACAGUAUGUUGUUUGACAGCCGAAAUCAUAGUGUCCGUUUAGCAGAUGAGAAUCCUGGAAUGACUCAUCUAGAGGUACCGUUGGCCGUCAUUUGGCAGCACAUUCACAACAUCAACAAUCACAUGGUUUCGGUCAAUGGGAAGGUGCAUUUCAUCGCGGAGGACUUUGAAGCAGUUGGGCAGCAGAUCAAACUGUACUCUGGGGAAGACUGGGAGGCUGUAAGUAUCGAAGUGGAUGAUAAGAAGCAGUUUAUAUCGGAACAUACCGAGGAUCAUUUGCGAAAAUUGCUUCGAAAGUUAACGGAUUCUGAACGGGAUGAAUACGAUGCCUAUCAAGAACUGAAUCUACAAAUUCUGGAAAAGGAGGAACAGAUUUCUAUGAAAGACGGAAAUGGUACGGAUGAGUUGAUGGAUGCAUGUGAGAAGAUGCGCAAGAAGCUAAUCGAAAUUCCGUGGAAUUACCGAGAUCCAGUCGUUGAUAUUCCGGAACAUUUGAGGGACUUCGCUUUGAAUCAGAUUUGCAUCUGGGUAAAGAACGCCAUACUGGCUGAAUGGGCUUACAAGCGCGAUGCUCACUAUACUGUAGUGCACGGGAAAAUUGUGCCAGUGAAUUUUAAUGAAACCGGUGAUCUCCAGACCAAUAUGGUGUGGAGCGAUGGCUUGACGCAGUUCUUGCAGAUGAAGGAAGGGUUGAAAAUGGAUCCGGAAGGAAUAUCAACAAAUUUCAUCUCUAACGUUAGCUUCUUCCAGCGAUACGGUUCCAAUAUCUACGGAUUGACGGGAACUCUUGGUGAAGAAUCUACACAGGGCUUCUUGCAAGAAAUGUAUGGCACAGACAUGGUUGUGAUUCCACCAUAUAAGAGCAUAGACAUCGCCAACAAUGAAAACUCCGGUUACAGAUGCAAGGAACUCGCACCAUUGGUUCUAUCAAAUCUAGGUAGAUGGUUCCAAAGCCUAAAGGAGAACGCAGUGUACCACGCUGAGAAUGGCCGUGGAGUCCUGGUCAUUUGCAAAUACAUCAAUCAGGUUCGGCAUCUUUCCAAUAUGCUGAAGAAGGUGUACGAUUCCAAAAAAAUCGUCACAUAUACAGGAGAGGAGGCAUGUUUCGAAAAGGACACGAUCAACUCGGGUGAGAUCAUCAUUGCUACCAACAUUGCAGGUCGUGGAACGGACUUCAAGACGUCGAAAGAUGUUGAAAAGAACGGAGGAAUGUGCGUGUUGGUAGCGUUUCUGCCGGAGAGCUUCCGCGUCGAAAUGCAGAACGUUGGUCGUACGGCUCGCGAAGGUAAACGAGGCAUGGCUCAGUUAAUUGUACACGAUGGUAGCAAUACGUCCAUGGAGGUACUAAAGAAGAUCCGACAGGUGCAUGAGACUCAGGCAACGCACACAGCCAUAGAUGAUGCCAAGAAGAUGCUCGUUCAGGACAGUCUCUUCAAUCGGUUUUGCUUGCUGGAAAAUGAACUCCUUCCAAGUAUGGACGAUACGAGGAAAAUGCACGUAUGGGAUCUGCUCGAGGCCAAUUGGGCUGAUUAUUCAGCGUACCACCUAAAUACCAGGAAAAUUGCCGAAAAGGCUGCUGAAUGGUCUGAAGCUUCACAAAUAGAAUUCGAGCAAGCAGCUUUGAACAGGCUUACUAAGGAACAGGUUGGCAAAUUGAACGAAGAGGACCUACGAGAGCUGCAAGAUAAAGCUGCUGAGCAGGUGGCUAUCGAGUUGCCUGCAUUCCGGAAGCGUUACACCCAGAACGUAUUGAGUCAGUUUUGCUCCAAACUUUCAUCAACAGUACCCUCAGAAAUGCUAAAUGAAUUCAAAAGGGGUGAAAAAUACAAACCAAAAUGUAGCAACCUGGCCUUACGAUACAAGUGGGGUUCAUUCGAGAGAAAAGCAAUUGAAGAAGCCUGGGGCCUUUGGUUGAAAAGCAAACAUUUCGACGAUGCUAAGAUAUCGACUGAAGAAGCCACCACCAUGUUCAGGGGUGAAUUCGAACAAGAUCUUAAUCACCGAGCCAAGAACGAUAAGCUCGUUCAGAAUCCCUUCUUUUACGUGCUCAAAGGGAACGAAGAAUUGGAUGCGAGGAAGCUCGAAGAAGCGGUUAUAUGUUUUGAUCGAGCCAUUCUACUAGAUCCUGUUUUCUCUGUGAAUGCACGAUUUAACAAGGCUCGAGCUCUUCUUUCCUAUACCGAGAACAGAGAAUGCAAGCAACAGAAAGCAUUACAGGAGUUGAAGAAGGCAAGAGAUCUGAUCAAGUCGGUAUACCGUCCAAACCUGUUGACCUUCAAUACAUUGAUUGGACAGCAUGCCUGCCUAGAGCAAACAUCUCAACACGUGCAACAUCAGUUGGAUGUUCUCAGUCAACAGGAAGAUUUCAUUGCGCAGGCCUGUGAAGUCAUAGAGACUGCUCAGAAGAACAACAACAAUGUGAAGCUCACGCUGAAAAAUUUGUACGACCUAUUUUCUGAGGCAAAGGAAAAGCACGAUAAAGCAAUCCGCGAAGCAUAUGGCAAUGGUCUGAAGAGUUUAUUCACUGUCGAAGAGAAGCUUCCGAGGCCAUGGGGUAGCAUAAUAGCGGUUGCACUUAUUGGCAUCGCCCAAAUUGCCGCAGGAUGUCUCAUAGUAAUGUAUACUGGAGGCUCCUUAGGAUCGGGUCUCAUUGCAGAGGGCGUAGCAGAUCUGAUCGUGGCCGCCACAGCUGCCAUCAAAGGAACGUUUAGCUGGGCUGCCUGGGCAACUCAGAAAGUGAUCAGCAUCGCUAUUUCCAUCGUUUGCGCUGGAAUCGCUUCUAUAAAACAGACCAUCAAAUCUGCUAAGGAAGCCGGAACUCUGGGGUUAGGGACAAUCAAACAAGCAGGAAAGGGGGUAUGUAAUACUUUCAAGUCCGGUUUAAAGGACAUUUCGAGAACAUGCUAUGAUGUCGGCAAAGGAAUAGUUGGUCCGCAAGGUGGUGUACAGUUGGCCAUCAAAGAAGUAGGACUCGCGUUGGGGAAAGGAGUCGUAAAGGAAUGUUUGAACGAGGCAGGAAAAUACUGCACUGAUCAGCUGUUCAUGAAAAAUCUUGAAGAUGAAAUCAGUGCCUGUGUGAACGAUGCUCUCAUAAGAGCACUUUCGGAAAAUGCUUUGGUUGUGAAGGCCUUGGAAGAAGAUGAACGUAACGGUUCAAGCUACUGGAAACAGCUGUUCAUAAAAGAAGGUAUGAAGCUAUUGAAAGAUAAAGACAUCAAUCAGUGCAUUGACAUGUUCAAAAAUAUUGCAAAAGGGGUGGCUGUUGGAUCAAUUCCUUAUGCUGACGAUAUCAUGGAUGUCGUUGGAGUGGGAAAAUGUAUGCAUAAACUAAUGACAUACACGGAAAAUUUCAUUACGAAAUUUAACAAGGUGGUGCGCGAUCAGGAGAAGAAAAUCAAUGAAGCGGUAGUUGAUUCGUCUAGCGAAACUUCCAGCCAUAACGUUCAAUCGACUGCCAAAAUCAACCAAGCAGAUCGUGAUCAAUUAUCGGCUAAAGAGGUUGGUCAGGCUCCUGAUGUCGACUGCGAUAGUUCAGACAUUAAAGUUCAGGAAAUUAGGGAAGAUACAGUCUACAGCUCAAAGGCACCAGCUCAAGCUGCAGUGAAGCUACGAUCAACGUACCGAGAGGGCUCUACUCCGAGAACUCUUGCUAGUGCUUUCAAGGGUACGAUUACGGGAAAACUGACUGCUUCAAUCAAAGAGAAUAUUGUAAAUCCAGCUGUAAGCCGAGUAACUGCAAAGGUGACCAACGGACUGUUCCACAGUAUGGAAGAAUCAGUCACUAAGCUUCGGAAUGAGAUUAAGACCGAGCGAGAUCUCAGAAGCGAGUCAAAUGCCUUGGCCAAUGCAGCCGAAACCCAUGAGCCAAAACCUGAACCUAAAGAACCUGGUACUGAAUCCAAGCAGAUGAUUGACAUCAUCACCAAGGAUGGACAUCUGCAUGACACCACAAGCUUGGCUCUUUCGGCGGGUGCAGUGAAUGCUCCAGUCUACGUAUAUGACGAAAAGGGCAACUUGAAGUAUAUCGUAGGAAGUAAAUUGCCGGGCAAACCAAUAGCAAUCAAGCAUUUCACCCCGUCUAAUGAACAUCCCAUGGGACACUUUUGUCCGUUGGAUCCCAACGUCCCGGUGACUCCUUCGGGAAAAAAUUCCUGUGCUCUGGAUGCAAUCGUGGCCCAGCUAAGUCCAGCUCAGCGCGAAUCGUUACAGGUCAACAAUGCGUCAGAUCUGCGGGAUAAGAUGGUUGAACAUAUCAAGGCCAACCCAAGGAAGGCAGAGCACAUGUUUGAAAAACGUGCCCAUUUGGAACGGAUAGCUCCAAAUAGGAUUUUCAGCGGCGGCAUGGACCAACGGCGACAACCAACUCUUGAUAAACGCGUUGGCAAGUACAACAAGCGAUUCGAAGGAUAUGAAAAGAUUCUCGGAGACAAAAUUAGGCGUGAUUCGGACACAAUGGAUCAUGCCACUACGGACCAAACGCAGGAGCAUCACCUGAUCCAUCAGAGACUUAAAAAUCAUCGAGCAAUAGUGGACAGUGGUUUCAACAUUCAUGAUCCGAUCAACGUACUUGUCUGUCCCAAGAGUGAAGAAAUACGGCAACAACUGGGAACGCGACGAUCUGUUCACUGUGGUCGUCAUCCGAAAAAAGUGGAAGCUGAGCUGAGAAUUGAACUUGACCAAGCUUACAGUAUGCAUAGUGGGAAUCCAGUAGAGUUGAAACGAGCUGUCUUCGAGAUAGCUUAUUCGGAACGAGAGAAAGUGCGCAGCGGUGAAAGGUGUCUGAAGAAUUAAAUGGUUUAGGCCGAUUUACAAUUACACAAUCUCACUGCAAUUGUAUGGACUAAAGUCAAACCACAGACAAAUAUACACAACACAUUGGACAUUUCUCAUUGUAAAACAUCGUCGCUAAAACACUACCGACAUCUGUCGUAUACACUGGGCAAUACACUCAACGCUGUAGUGUGUAAACGUCAAACGCAAGGGAUUUGAUUAUGCGCGCCACAGGUGGUGGUACUACCAACUAAGAAACAUUUCAAUUGACCGUUAAAAGCCAUUUCGAUGAACAUUUUAAAAGUAUUAUGUCUGCUUGGCUGUGGUAAAAGUAUGGACGUCUGUCAAAAGCUGUUCCAACCGCACUGUCAAAAUGCUUUACUUUGCUUGAUUGGAACAUUUUUUUUUCUGGUUUCAGUCGUCCAUACUUUUACUAAUGGACUUUUGUAUGGACCUGUUUGAAUGCCUGGAUCACUCGUGUCUCAUGACCGGACGUCACGGUGUCACUUCUUUACUCGGUUAUGGACCAGUUCCACGUCAAAUGACAACUCGGAAAAACUCGGCCUUCUCCAAUUUACAUGACACUUUGCAUAAUUGUUUGUAAUGGGCAAUCAUACACAUUCUUUCUAAAAAUCGGUCAUUUUGGAUCUUGUAAAAUUUUCAAAAUGGCGCCCUUGAAAGUUUAA